UCCGCCGGCGCCUCUCCCCCCCCCAACCCCGCGAGCCUCCCUAAAAUAACAAGCAGAGCUACGAGCUUCUGAUUCCGCACUCAUUCUUCACCGCGCCCGCCGCGACCCUUCGACGCCGCGCCAUGUCGAUCGUGGCGUGGGGCGCCCGCAAGGCGACGAUCGCCACGACGCUCGUCGCCGUUCUGAUCUUCCUCGCUUGGUACCUGCCACAGGUACUCAACCCAACGCCGCCUGAUCCGGAGGAGCGCGAGCGAGACAAACACUGGGUCGACACGUCGCCGAGCUGGGUCGACCGCCAGGCAUGCCGCUGGUUGGGGUUAUGCGGCUUGCAGCACAUACGAUGGGAUGCUCCCUCGCGCGGCGACAGUGAUAGGCCGUCCACCUGGGACGAGCUUAAGUCGCUGGCGUUGGGUUUGAGCACGCACUGGGAGUUUGGAGAGAAGUCAGGGCAGAGCGACUGGGAAGAGGCACCGGCGGAAACGGACCUUAGGCGCGGCCCUCGGGCACAUAGCGCCGCCAGUGCGCGAAUUCUCGAGGAGGUGCCCGACUACGUCCUGGACCAUGCCCCGCUGGUGCAUCUCUACUCGGGCGAGCACUUCUGGCCCGCCGACAUUGCCGAACACAUCCGUCACAUGCAACCUUAUCUGAGGGGUGAGUUGGUCAACACCAGCGGGCCUCUAAAUCUGCAAACUCUCGCGGGGCUCAACGCCCUGGGAGGCACUGUUUUCGUAACCAGCGAGGACGACGUGGAGUCGCGGCCCAGCUGGCUGCAUAGUUGGACAGGGAUCCCAGCACCCUUCAGGAGCGGCGGUGGCUCAGGGGGAGAUGGCGGGGACGAUCAGGAUCCUCCGCGAUGGCCGGAUGACGAUGGUUCAUGGCAAGACGUGGACAGGGAUCACCCGCCGCACCGCAUCGUUCCCCCGAGGGAUUCGUCCGGGAGGCACAGGGACCUCCGGCGGAGACGGUCCCUGUCGAGCGCUCAGCAGCCCAUGGUAUGGACGAACUCGGACAGCAGCUGGGAGGACAACAAGCCGACUCGCGGCGGCUACUCCAAGGCGCCGGCCGUUCUCAUCCUCGUCGACAAGGGAGCGGGCAUCCUGGAUGCCUUCUGGUUCUUCUUUUAUAGCUACAACCUGGGGCAGACGGUGCUCAACAUACGGUUCGGGAAUCACGUGGGCGACUGGGAGCACUGCAUGGUUCGCUUUCAGCACGGCACGCCGCGAGCCAUGUUCCUCAGCGAGCAUGCAGGCGGCAAGGCGUACCUGUGGAAGGCGCUCGAGAAGCGGACUCAGAAGGACGGCAAGCCGGCCCGUCCCGUCAUCUACUCGGCUGUUGGCAGCCAUGCCAUGUACGCGUCGCCGGGGAUGCACCCGUACGUCCUGCCGUUCAAGCUGCUCAAGGACGUGACCGACAAGGGCCCGCUCUGGGAUCCUUCGCUGAACCACUACGCCUACUGGUACGACUACGAGGUGGGCCGGGACGAGGAGGGGAACUCGACGGUGCGAGAGUACAGCAGCCUGGUGCCCGCCGCAUCCAACCCGGACUUGCCGACUUCCUGGUUCCAUUUCGAAGGGUACUGGGGCGAUGACAUCUAUCCGCUCAGCGAUCGGCGCCAAUGGAGGUUGUUUGGCGAGUAUCACUACAUCACGGGGCCGCUGGGACCGAAGGCGAAGUGGUUGGAUCGGAGGAAGGUCUGCCAGACAGAGAAGUGCAUCAUCGUCGACAGCAUCGAGGCGGGGAAGAAGUCGACCUGGUACUAAACCUCCGCUGUCUGGCCUAUUUUGGAGGAAGCCGGGCCCGUCUGCUGUGAUACCCAUUCAUUAAUUAUUUGCAUUAUUAUAUCCGUAUAUCCGUUUCUUCUCUUCCUUCCUCGUUACCCCUCUUUUGUCUCUCUUUACCGUCAUCAUCAUUUCGGUCGCAGAAUCAUCAUCCACGAGCAGGGUUACACGGGGUAGGUAGGGUCUAGACAAACGUUAGAUGUGCUUGAAUUCAGCGCAAUCAAACUCUUCCGGACAUCAUCAUCAUCUCUAGCCUCCAGCUCUAGCCAACACCAAGGGACAUGCAAACUCGCAUCUCAUGUCAUACGUCCCCGGAUUGCACACCGGGGAGCGGGGUGCAGCAGGCGCUUGGCCAGCUCUACUAUUAGAAUUCUUGCAUCUGGUCGAUAAGCCUAUUCAAGGUUCUCGUGCUCC